AUGGGGGGAGGAGGAAAGGCGUCAAAGGACGUAGAGUUGGCCAUGGACCCGGCCAUAGGCCCCGUCGAGGCGUCAGCAGGCAUCGACAAGCCCCCAGGGCCCAACACGCCGCGCCGCCCGAACGCGCUGUCGCGCUUCCUGUUCCUGUUCAUCGACCCAAUUAUUCGCUACGGGCACAAAUACACACUUGAGCCUGAGAAUGUGUGGCGGCCGGACUCUGUGGACACGGAGCCGCUCUAUGCGCUGUUCGACAGCGCGUGGCGGCGGCAGCUGCUGCGCCCUGUGCCAGACAUCAAGCGCGCCGUCGUCGCCAACAGCUCGUGGAUGCUGGUUUACACUGGCCUCCUCUACCUGCUGUCCAUGGUCAGCCAGCUGGUGGGGCCCCUCAUGCUGCAGCGGAUCGUGGGCGGCCUUUCCUGCUGGGCGAAGCAGGGGCACAAGGGCGGCGCUUGCCCUCCAGAGAGCGACCUGUACUACUACAUGAUAGCGAUCGCGGCGGCCCCGCUGGUGCAGUCCCUGGCCGAGAACCACCAGAUGUUCACCCUGAACAUAGUCGGCACCAAGAUGCGCAACGCCCUCAUGGCGGCCAUCUACCGGAAGUGCCUACGGCUCAGCAACAGCGCCAUGCAGAGCGAAUCUACCGGGAAGGUGGUGACCCUCAUGUCGAACGACGCCCAGAAGGUGCAGGAGGUCAUCCUGGGGAUUCACGUGCUCUGGGGCGCCCCCGCCCUCAUCAUCGUCAUCCUCUUCCUGCUCUACCAGCAGGUCGGGUGGGCGACGUUUGUGGGCCUCGCUGUGAUGCUGAUUUACACGCCCCUGUCCACCAUGGUCAGCAAGAAGCUGAUCUACUACAGGAAGGCGUUGAUGAAGUGGACAGACCUGCGUGUGGGCAUCAUGAACGAGGUCAUCAACGGCAUGCAGAUGAUCAAGUUCUACGCAUGGGAGGGCCCCUUCCGCGCCCGCGUCGAGGACGCGCGCGCCAACGAGGCAAAAACCCUCAAGGAUAUGGUCUGGUGGCAGGCCCUCUUCGCCAUGCUGCUCUUCUCCGGCCCCAUCGCCAUGGCCGUCUUCUGCUUCGGCUCUUGGGCGCUCGCGGGCAACGUCUUUGCCCCGGCCAGCGCGUACACCGCGCUCGCGCUGUUCAACCUGCUGCGGCUGCCGCUCGCGUUCCUGCCUAUGAUGGUCACCGCGCUCAUCAACGCGCUCGUGGCGCUGAACCGGAUAGGGGACUUUCUGCAGAAGCCGGAGAGCGGGGCGGCGGCGCUGGAGGGCGCGCAGGCCAGCGGCGAAGGCGUCCAGGUCGGGGCGGUCAAGAUUACCGACGGCGACUUUGUCUGGGACGAGGCGGCCGAGGAGCUCUCCCUGCGCGGCGUCAACCUGGAGGUCCCGCCCGGCAGCCUGACGAUGGUCGUCGGCGGCGUCGGCAGCGGCAAGAGCAGCGUGCUGGCCGCGGUCAUCGGCCAGAUGGAGCGCACCCGGGGCAGUGUGGCGGUGGGGGGCAGCGUCGCGUACGUGGCGCAGACGGCGUGGAUCAUCAACGACAGCGUGCAGCCUUUGAGGCGGGUUUGUUAG